UGGAUUAGACCACUAUUGUGCAAGCGUGUGCAAGCAUUGAAUAUUAGCAAUGUACAUGUCUUUGCCUGCCCUGUUCACUAUACAUCUAUAGAUCUAGUGAAUGUGAAUGCUGCAGCCAUUCAUUGAUGCCUGCAAGGAUGGCAAUGUGGAGGAAGUUUGGAUGCAUCUAGAACGUGGAACAUGGAGCCGACCAUAUUAAAAUCAAGUGGAUGAGGCUGUCAGAUUCAUUGCUCUCAUACUAUGUGCACACGAUUACAAUGAAGUGCUGAAGGAAUUGAUCUAGGCAAAAAUGAAUAUCAAUUCUUGAUGAUCCUGUCAGAUUCAUUGCUCUCGUAUUAUGUCUGUGAACACGAUCACGAUGAAGUGCUGAAGGUGAUCUAUAGGCAAAAGUGACUGUCAAUGCUCGACACAAUGUUACUUCGAUUUGCUAUGUUGUUCUGGAUGUUGCUGUGUCUUGGUGUACCUGUCUUCUCCAAUGAGUUCUAUGUGACCCCAUCACAUCCCCCUAACCCAGCUUGCCCAACAGAUAAGCCAUGUCAAACACUUGAUGAAUAUGCUGUCUAUUCUGAUAAGUAUUUUGGAAAUGAGAGUGAAGUGUCUCUAGUGUUCCUUAAUGGAGUAGCUGAUUACUAUUUGAACACCCAUGACUUCACAAUCACUGAAAAGGUUAAAUUUGUUAUGAGAACAAUGUAUAUUUUUGAUACUGCAUCGAUAUGCACAACUCAGCAACGUGGCUUUCUAUUUAAUAAUGUAACGAGUAUACGCAUGACAAAUAUUUUAAUCACCUGUGAAGAAGAACUAGAAAACACAACAUGUUUUCAAGUAAUCGGUGGAGAAACACUAGUUGGGCUUAACAUUGCUUUAAAUUCGAGAGCUCUAUUGUCUGGUGUUCGCUACAUAAGCUUAAAAGAGUCAUUGUUCGAAGAAAAUCCACUCAAAAUUGAAAUGAUUACCACUGCUUUCAUAAAACAGAGGGAGCCAGUACCGACAGCCCCUUCUAUAAGCAUCACAGGUUGUACAUUACACUCUAUAUCUAUUCGAGUGCAACAUCUACUAAAUUGUUCCAUUCUAUUAGAAGACAAUACUGUACCGAUUGGGAUUACCAUGAUUGGUAUUGGAGUGUCUGUUUUUCUGAAGGGGAGUUACGUUAACCUGAAUGUCUAUGACUGUGAUAUUUCAUACUAUAGCGAUACAGGUAUUUCAAUACGUUUGGAUUCAGACUCAUUCCUACAGGCCCAUUUAAAAAGCACCAACAUUUCUCACAAUCUAGUUGGAUUCGAGAUAAGCGCCCUCGGAAGCAAUUUCAGCCUUGUAUUUGAUAAUUGCCACUUGUCAAACAAUGGAAUUGGUGCUGUACAUGUAGUCACAGAUGGACGAUCAUUAUCUACCCUUCAUAAUAAUAUUAUUAGGACAUGUUCAUUUCAAGACAGGGAAAGCCAAAGUAUUUCUUCCGUAUCGUUUACUGGCUCGACUUUUACCAACAAUGGUGUUGGUUUAGGCUUAGGUACAAGUACAAAAGGGUUAAUUGAAACGAUCAUCAAUAAUUGCACUUUUUUAGGCAAUCCUGGAACAGCUUUUAAACAAACAUACGGUACGCUGUAUCUAUUGGACAGAACAUUUUCGCUAACAACACUGGAUAUCAAGGUGGAGCUUUGUCAUUGAUUAAUGCUCAGCUAUGUUUCGUUAACAACAGCACAACAUUAUUUAAUAAUAAUUUUGCCUCAGAUGUAGGUGGUGCUAUGUACAUUGAACCAUUAGACUUGCCCAUAGAACCAGCAGAAUGCUUCUACCAGGUCCCUACAGUUGAUGACAUACAGAAACUGAAUAUUGAGCUCAUAUUUUUGUACAACAAAGCAGCAAGGGGAGGUGAUCAUAUUUAUGGGGCUGCUGUACAUGACACCUGUAUCAUAGAUAGACCUCAAAACAGGACUCCAACACCAUCAAUCAAUGCUAGCCAGCAAUUAUUCAGUUUUGAUCAGUCGUCCCAUCUUUCCCGUAUUUCAUCUUCCCCAAAGCGAGUUUGUUUAUGCAAUCUCAAAGGUGAACCAGAGUGUGCUAGUUUGAAAUACAUUGAUCAUACGACAAAGGACCUUUACCCUGGUGAGGAAUUGAAGCUAUCGGUUACCGUUGUUGGAUUUGAAUUUGGUGCUUUGUCAUCAGUGGUGUUGGCUAGUGCUGGAUCUGAGGAUAUCGUUUUAGGAUCGCAUGAAACAUCACAAUUGAAUAAACACCCAAACUGCACAGAAAUAACAUAUACUGCAUAUCAACCAUUACAUAACCUAGACAAUCCACGUCCUGUUAUAAUUUUAAAAGCCGAAGAGGAACGCUAUAAUACGUAUUACCCAUCUCUAGAUCUAGAUGCAAUACAGAAUAAUAUCGACGUAUACAAUGCAAGUGGAUAUAUCCCACAAACUUUGUUGACGACUGAUGUUGUUAUAUCCUUUUCUUUCCUUCAAUGUCCUAUAGGUUUUGCCCUGAUUGGAACGCCAUCUUCAUGUGAUUGUACACAAUUUUUUAGCGAUAAUAAAAUUGUGCAUUGUUCAAUUCAAAAUCAUUCAAAGGAAAUAUACCGUGUUGGUUCACAGUGGAUAGGAACGUUUGAACAUAAUACAACAAAAUGUACGCUAAUCACUCAGCAUUGUCCUCCAAAUUACUGCAGGCAAACAAGGAUUCCAGUCGAUCUUGAUAAUCCUGAUGUACAGUGUGAUAACGGGCGGUCGGGGAUUUUAUGUGGAACUUGUAUGGCAAAUUUUAGUCGAGUACUUGGUAGCACAGUAUGCCAAUACUGUUCGAAUAACUAUCUAGCAUUGUUAUUCGCAUUCAGUUUCGCAGGAAUUGCAUUAGUGCUUAUUAUAAAGAUUUUAGAAUUAACUGUUGCCAUUGGAACCGUUAAUGGACUUGUCUUUUAUGCAAAUAUCAUCUGGGCCCAUCAAAAUAUGAUAGCGCCAGUUGACAAAUCUCCAAGUGGCAUUGGACAAUUUCUCAAAGUUUUUAUAGCUUGGCUCAAUCUAGACUUGGGGAUUACCACCUGUUUAUUUGAUGGUUUAGAUGCUUACUGGAAAACAUGGUUACAGUUUGUGUUCCCUCUGUACAUAUGGACAAUUGCUGGAGGGAUAAUUGUUGCAUCUCACUUGUCAUUCAGAGUAUCGAGAUAUUUUGGAAACAGCACCAUUCAUUUACUAGCAACUCUCUUUCUUUUAUCAUUCUCCAAAAUAUUGCAAACUAUUAUCACAGCUGUUAGUUUCACCUUCCUAUACUAUCCUGGUGGCUAUAUUGUAGUGUGGACAGAGGAUGGUACCGUUAGCUAUCUUGAUUCCGCUCAGUCAAUCCUUUUUGCUGUGGCUCUGCUGGUCCUGGCUCUUCUGUGGGCUCCAUUUAUGAUCACCCUAUUGUUCAUUCAACCACUGAGAAAGGUAGAUCACUACCGGCCAUUCCGAUGGAUCAACAAAUGGAAGCCAUUAUUCGAUGCUUACACUGGACCACUCAAAGACAAGUUCCAUUAUUGGACUGGCAUUUUAUUACUAGCACGAGCAGUUAUUACUGUGACAUGCGCUACCACUAAUUCCAGAACAAGUGUUUUGGUUGCUUCUAUCACUACCUCCAUAUUAAUUCUACACACAAACAUGUACAAGGAGUGGUAUGUGUCCCUUCUUGAAAAGUCAUUUCUUCUCAAUGCGUCCAUUUUGCUUAUAAGCAUUAUUUACGUUGACCAGGACACCGAAGCAACUGUAGUCACGGUUUCAUUGGGCGUAGCCUUCAUUCAGUUUGGUGCGAUUGUAUUUGCACAUAGUGUUUGGCAAGCGAAGAAAUGGUGGCGCAAAAGAAAGGAUGGUCAGGCAAGAAUCAGACAGUUUGUAGCUAUAGCGGUGAACCAUGACGAUGAGUAUUACCGUGAGCCACUUCUUGGCAGUGGACGUAUGCACUAUCAAAACAUGUGAAUGUAUUCCACAAACACUUUUGAUGUACAGAAAAUUAUCCACUAUACUAUUAUACAUGCAUGUGUAUUAUAUGUACUUAUAUUUGGACAUAAGCAUCUCCUAUAAAUCAUGUGUACCAUCGUAACUAGUACCAUCAUCAUAAUGAUACGUGUGUAGCAUGAAAUGAGAAGCUAUUUUAUUGCACUUGCUGACAUAGUUUAGCAGCUACGUUCUAGGUAUAGUCCAAACAUGCAUUUGGGAAUUUCAUGGGAAUUGCAAUUUAAAGGAAUCCAACCAGGAUCUAUCUCGUAGCCUCCUUCGCAGGCUCUUCUUUUUCUUUUUCUUUUUCUUUGUCACAAGGUCAAGAAGACAAAAUACGGGAAGAAUUGAGGAACAGAAACAACUAAUCUUUUUUUUGUUCCUCCAAAUUCUCCCAUAUUUUUUCUUAUUAAUUAUGACAAAGAACAGAAGGUCAUUUUGUCAGUGGAAGACGUACGCACAACCUAUACACACAAAAUAACUUAGCCAAAACCAAUCAAUGGUCUGACGGGAUGACAUUCUGUUCUGUAAGCAUGAAAUUUAAGGUGACCCUCGAAAUAUGUGACACCCUCAAGCUUAGACAUUUUCUGACCUCUAAAAGUGGCGACAGCUGCAAUGUGUUGAAUACUAUACAACGCUCAAUUUUCGAGGCGCUUAAUUUUCGCAGUUUUUUAUCCUCCACAAAAUUUAAUUAUUGUUCCACGAACAUAGCUAACGGUGGACGCAACAUGCAUUGCCAUUCUAGUAUAGUGUAAAAUGUAUUGUUUUAUUUAGAGGCAGCCGCACUUUCAUGGCUCAAAAAGUGUGCUAUAUACCAAUUACCAUAUAGCGCGAAAUAUUCGAGGCACUUAUAUUUCGUGGAUUGGCCUCUAAAAGCUAUUUCGUUGCACAAUGUUCGCGGAAUGACGGCUUACCGGAAGCCACACCUUAAAUUUUUGCACGUUAUAGAUCUAGCAGGUAAUUUAACAAUUUUCGUGGACUUAAUUAAUCCGCGAAAAUUAAGCCCCUCGAAAAUUUCGCGCUAUACGGUAUAUGGUACGGUUUUUUAAGCACCCUGAAAUUGAGGCUAGUAAACCAAGUAGAGCUACAGUGGAACCUCUGUAAACAACCACCUCCGAAUAAAGGCCAGUUGCUAUAUAACGGCCAGGCACCCAGGUCCCAAAUGAACAGUUUGUAUACAAAACAACCUCUCAACAAAUGCCACCUCUAUAUAAAGGCCAAAACAUUGUUCCCCAAAAGUGUCCGUUAUAGAGAGGUUCCACUGUACCUCCAAUUAGUGCGACUAUAAUCGAUCAUAAAGCCUUGACCGAAUUUGCUCUUUUAUCAACAUUUUAUACCCAUUUUGCUUCCUACCUAUUGUAGUAACCCAUUUGUUACUAGAACAUAAUAACUAUAAACUAUACUCAUAAUUAUCUCACGACAGGAAGUGUGCAAGUAGCUAUAGCCUUGUUCCUAGACCGAUUUUUCUUUAAAAAUUGGCCUGGGGAAGACUUAGAGGCUAGCUAUUGUGCAUGCAACAUGCAAGCAGCAUGCGGCAUUGUGGCUGCACAAUGGAAUCUAGUGGUCCAUCUUAAGCCUAUAGUCUUGUUCCCAUGUCUAAAAUUCAGAGCGAAAGGGAGAAGAAUAAGCAUCUUUUGUCUUUGUAAUCAGUGAAAUUGUCGCUUUAAUUAAUUAAAUCGAGGUCUUGCAGUAAAAUGUAAUGUGAUGUGGUUCUACCUCUUCUAUUGCGGACUAGUCUAGAAUGUCCUAGACCCUCAUAAUUAUUUCAGUGUGAAAAUUCAUGCUCCUGAAGCAGACGCUAUAACCGACAGUGUGUGUGCAUUUGAUAAUUACAUGUAAGUCACUUUAGAGUGAAGUGAGGUCAUGUCUCGUGUUGCAGGCUACGUGAUUACUCAUGACGUGAGUGCAUGCUCAAAUUAAAGCCGCACAGGACGAUGGCUCAUUGAGACACCUUUUCUUUCCUCUUGGUCCAGCUAGCUAGUGUUACAGCGUACAUGCACCCUCAUUAUUUUCCCACUCAUAGUUCCUGCUAUCCCUCACUGGCCCUCAGGCUUUGGCCCAUGCACAGAUCCACACAACCUGCAAUUAUGACCCUAUAGAGCCGACUGAUGUACAUGUGGUACUUGCUGCUGGCCCUGCUGUUUCAGAAACCCAGAACGAAAAGAGAUGUGGUCAAGUGUGAGAUGUAGUCAAGCGUGAGAUUGAUGAAAUUGGAAAAUUGAAGUAUUAAUGAAAGGAAAACACAUGAUGAACAAAUUUUGAAAUUAUUAUGUUUGUAAACUUGUCACCAUCCACUGUCUC